CAAGAUUCAAAUGUUGUGCGUGUGUACACGGACCUAGUCAACUUAUUUUAGCUGUAUUGUAGAUUUAGGCUGCCGUACGUUUUAGGCUGCGGUGCAAACGGGUCCACAACCACUCUCUUUCUGUGGGCCGUGGUUAUAUAGCGCGUGGCCCCAUCACUCUACUGGCAGUCGCGCUCUCCUACCUGGAAUACCACAAUGCCUCAGCUCAUUCAUCUACCCCGUGAACUUCUCGCGCGAGUCAUCUCAUAUGUCGAUCAAUCGGCCCUAAAACAGCUGCGCCAGACAUGUCGCACGCUGGCGCAAUUCGCCUCGCAGGAACUCUUCCGCAUCGUCCGUCUGUUCCCCGACGAAGAAAGCUAUGAAAGAGUUCACAAUAUCUCCAACGACGCGAUAUUGAAGAGCAUGGAAUCGGAAGAUGAGGAUUGCACCCUCACUGAAGCAUUCAGAGACGCCAUCAUGCAGCUUAGAGAGUUCCCGAAGGUGCAAAGCACCGUUUUACGCUUUGAUAAGAAUUGUUGCGUUGAUGAUGAUGGAGUAGAAAGAUGGCGUGACGAAUGGCCCCAAACGCCCACCUACCGCGAGAAAGUUCUCAGCGUGUUCUUCUCCUGGUUGACUUCCUUGGAUGUACCUAUCAAAGAACUAGCAAUCCGGAAUGUACAGGAUCGCAAAAUCGAACAUGCGGAGGUUCGCGCCCUGAUGGCUAAGGUAUUAGGCAGUCUGCAGUCGCUCCGGCUGAACAUUGUGACCGAGCAUUACGAAGCGAGUCCAGAGGAAGAGCUGGAGUUCCCCGAGCCCCACGAGUUCUUCGCAGAGAUGCCCUCCGCCUGGCUGAAGCCCACCAUGGGAUCAUUGGAGCACCUGACGCUUUAUUGCGAUAAUUACUGGGGGUUCUUCCCAAAGGUCGACCUUAAUGGGAUCCACUUCCCGCGACUCAAAACCCUUGCACUGGGCAAUUUUGGAUUCGUGCAGGACUCGCAGGUGGAGUGGAUUAUUUCGCAUGCAGAGACUCUCACCGAGCUAUACCUAGAUGACUGUACGAUCUUGUACGAUAAAACCGACAUGGAAAUCCGAAUCCGCGAGGAUGCUCCUGAAUUAAGCAAACACUACCGUUCCUACGAGAAACGGUGGCAUGAUCUCUUUGACGCCUUUCGGAUAGGCUUGCCGCUUCUUCGGCAUUUUCGCAUGGGGACAACGUGCUGGUCGUACUCUGGUGAAGGGAUGCCGUUUGAGAAGGAGACCAAGAUAAAUAUUGGUCUCAUGAAUGAUCGCUAUAUGGCGUGCUAUGAUGGAUACGGCCCGAGUCCUUACAUGACCGGUCUCCACAAACCUCAGGAGUAUGAGAAAGCGGCACCGGAAUGUGAUGAAGAGGAUAGGAAUGCUCUGCGGCUGUUGCUGAAGAGUAUAGGCCAAAGUGCACAGGACUCCUGUUCUGUUGUCAUGUGGAGUAAUGGGUUGCGACGCAGUAAGCCCAGUCUCUACAGGUCCUCAGCUUCUGCACAGUAA